AUGAGCAAGAACCUGCUCUCGGUACUACAGAUUAACAGCCAUGGCAAGUUUCAAGUCGGGUUUGACGGGUCCAAGAUGUAUGUGACUCUCAAGAACUCACAGCAAGUGGUGGAGCCUAAGGGAUCUCGUGGAUGGACCCUACUGGUUUCGACGACUCAACGAUCAGCGAAUGUGACAACAAGUGGAACCAGGAGCCGAUUUCAUGCGAGAAUGGGUCAUGCUCCAGUCGAUAGUAUUUCGCAAGAUGAUCGCGACCAACACGAUCAAGGAUGUGCGAGUCCCUCUCAAGUCGGGUGGAGCAACUACAUGUCGAGGAUGUCAACAAGGGAAAAUGGUCCAAAACCAUUUCCAAAGAACCGAGACAAGCGCAGCUACGAUAUGUUUGAGUCGGCUUCUGAUGAACUUUAG